AUGGAGUGUCGUCGGAGAAGUUCAAGUCCAAGAAAGGGCCGAGGCAGGGGUGUCCUUUGUCCCCCCUUGUUGUUCAACUUGGUUGGCGAAACUCUUAGUUGUCUCUUCAAGAAAGCGUUGGAUGUAGAUCUGAUUAAAGGCAUUAGACUGGUCAACUCAGAUGUAGUAGUUUCGCACAUUCAGUUUGCAGACAAUCUGCUGGUUUUCUCGGAGGCUAAUGAAGGCUCGCUAGUGAAUGUGAAGAGAAUUUUAAAAAUAUUUGAAAUGGCAGUUGGUCUUAGUCUCAAUCUGAAGAAAUCAAAGCUAGUCAGAUUUAAUGUAGCGCCGAAAAUUUCAGCAGAAUGGGCUUCUCUCAUCCAAUGUUCGCAAGAUAGUUUACCUAUGUCCUAUCUUGGUCUUCCAGUAGGUAACCGAAGGAACUCGAAAGAUUUAUGGAAUCCCAUAAUUGAUAAAGUUCAAACUCGGUUAGCAGGUUGGAAAGUUGAGAUCCCUGAUUUCAAGUUUCUUAUGGGGAUUGUCUGGUGGAAGGCCUAUUCAGUGAUCCCUGAUUUCUGGACAGAAGUUCCUUCGUUGAGAUUAUCUUUUUCGCUGAUUUAUGAUUUGGCCUUAAACAAAGCUAGUUACUUUAAUGAGUUUGGUAGCAAAUUUCAUGGUGUAUGGCAUUGGUCCAUAGAAAUUAGUAGACCUCUUUCGGACGCCGAAGUUCCAUGUUGGGAAGAUUUUAUUGGAACUCUAAAUCGAGCCACUCUUAGUAGCAGUUCUUCGGAUAUGCUGGAGGUAAAUGUUCCGCCUAAGGUAGCAACCUUCACUUGGAAGGUUAUUCUGAGUAGGAUUCCUGUCCGCGCCGAGUUGACUAGGAGAGGGAUUCUGUCGGUAGGUACGCUUGCUUUUGCGUUUUUUGUCAAAAAGAAUCGGAAAUGGUUAAUCAUCUCUUUGUCAUUGUGUGAAGAUAUGGUUUUCAGCAGAAAUGGUUCUCAAAGUGGAAUUUCAGUUUACUUGCUCGACUUUGUUGGUGAACUGUUUAGUCUAGUGGUUCUGGAUUGCAGUGUGCGCCUUAGUGUUCUGAAGGUGCAGUAUUCUGGCUGGUUGCUGCUCGAAGAAGAGUUUCUUUUUUUCACGGCUGCUCGUGCGGUCUGCUACUUGCUCAUCUCAAAGUUCAUUGUGUUGAUUGUUGAGAAGUCAAUUUCGGGGCUUCUCUAA